AUGACCACUAGCACUUCAUCAAGUGGGCUACGUUGUCCGUGUCAACUGCACGUCCGAACAAUCGAAGUAGGCCGCCCAGCUCCUUCGGAGAGGCUGCGGAUCCCCGUUUCCUCCGGGGACCUCGGAAAUGUCGCGUUAGGAAGAGAAGGUUUAGAAUCGACCGUCUUGGGCCUGGAGUUCAUAGUGAGGCAGAAGCACUUCAAACGCGGCAACAUGAAGCUCAAAUGUCUCGCCACCAUCUCGAAUGUAUAUCUAGUCAGCAACGAGGAGAGCAUGGAGAGGGAAAGGCCGCAGAAAGCUGCAGUCAUGGAGAGCAGAGGGACCGCUACUCCCUUAGGAUCCAGGGCGGACCGGGUGCAGGGUAAAUAUUAUUAA